AUGUCUGAUAUGGCCGUUUCGACGGGCCAUAUCCCCGAUCGAGGCCCCGCAGUCUUCGCCGUCACGACAGCCACCUUGGUAGUCGGUACGGCUUUCUUCAUCGCUAGGCUGAUCUGUCGGUCUCUGAUCGUCAAGCGCGUCAGUUGGGACGACUACUUCAUUAUUCUGGCAUGGUUCUUAGCUGUCGGCCUCAGCACCACCAUCGACAUUGGCACGAGCAAGGGCUUGGGCAGGCAUGAUGUAAACAUUGCUGGUGAGGACCGUCUUCCGCUCAGGAAGACGGAAUAUGUCUUCUCUGUGCUCUACAACCCUGCGCUCAUGGCGUUGAAGACCAGCAUCCUGAUCUUCUACCUGCGCCUGUCAAAGAACACACAGCAAAUCCUGCGCCUUGCAUCAUGGAUCGUAUUGGCCAUCGUCAACACGGCUGGAGUUGUGCUCACCUUCUUGAACAUCUUCCAAUGCCAGCCGGUCGUCGCUGCCUUCAGUCUGUACAGGUACCAGGCACAGUGUAUACCCCUCCUCACCGAGUUUAUCUGCUCCGCGCCAGUGAACAUCGUUACCGACCUCGCGAUUUUGGCCCUCCCGAUCCCUGUCCUGACGGGCAUGAGGCUUCCUAAGCGGCAAAAGUAUAUCCUAGUAUUCACCUUCUCACUCGGUAUCUUUGUGACGAUUGUGGAUGUGGUUCGGAUCUAUUACCUGCAACAAGCGAUCUCGUUCGUCCCAACCACUCCUUCGAACGAUCCUGAAGCCCUUUUUGGCGACAGCCCAGAAUUCGCUUGGAAUGCGUCCUUGUCGCUGAUGUGGUCCGCCGUUGAAGUCAAUAUCGGGAUGAUAUGUGCCUGCAUCCCGACGCUCAAGCCUUUAAUCCUCAAAAUUCUGCCUACAGUGCUUUUCGAUCCAGAUGGAACGCACGAUUCGAGCUUGUCGACUUACGCUACCGAAACGCAAGACAAGGAGCCAGACGGAAGCCAGAUUGCUACUAGACCUGCCGGGUCUGGCGAAGCACCUGAUUCACUGGCAGCACCUUCUCAAGCACUCCAAAACCCCGAAUCACUGGCGGUACCUACCCAAGCACAGCAGCACGACUCGUCUACAGAGCAAAUCUCCUGCCUUGAUUUUCUGACGACGCCUGAUAUGCUCAACUCCACCGCCCCAAACUCUGAUUCAGUCCAACCCUCUUCUCCAGCAACGAGAACCACUUGGAUGUCUGGCAUGUCUCGCAAUGACAACGCUAUUUAUUUUGGGUUUGUCAACAUGAAAAGACCCAAAAGUAUGAUUAAGACAGCCCCGGCCGAAUCCUUGCGGUACUGUGUGGUUGUCACGAUCCUGUUCUUGCUAUGGGGGUUUUCAUACGGACUUCUGAACACACUCAACAACGUUAUUGCUCAGAUCUCCAACAUGAGCACGGCCGAGACUUUGGGACUGACUACUGCGUACUUUGGUGGCGGUUAUUUCUUCGGUCCGCUUGUUGUAGGAGAGUGGGUCCUCCGCCACGACGAACACGCCCGCUUUCACAAGAACCGACGGAGACACAAGCAUCGCGACGCAGUCGGCGGUUUCAAGGCCACGUUCAUUCUGGGCCUAUGCAUAUAUGGCAUCGGCACAAUCAUGUUCUGGCCCUGUGCUGUUCUGACCUCAUUCCCUGGCUUCAUGAUCAGCAAUUUCGUUGUUGGCUUUGGCCUUGGUGUCCUCGAAACGGCAGCAAACCCCUUCAUCAUCCUCUGUGGUCCUAAAGAAUAUGCCGAAGUUCGAAUACUUAUAGCCCAAGGCUUUCAGGGCGUCGCAAGUGUCCUUAGUGGACUGCUAGCACAGAAAGUCUUCUUUGCCGACAUCGCUGACAGCGAAGGAACGCGGACCAGCCUCGAGCUGAUUGACGUGCAGUGGACAUAUCUGGCUAUCACCCUGUCCUGCGUCGCUUUGGCUCUAUUCUUCUACUACAUGCCAUUGCCCGAGGUCACUGAUGCCGAACUGGGGCGGGCCGCUGACCGCCUGCCUGUCGACCCGAAGAAGCGGACCAUUGGAGGCAUGCAACUCAGGACGCUGUGCAUCAUCUUUGCGGUGGUAGCACAAUGGUGUUAUGUUGCUGCGCAGGAGUCCAUGUCCAUUUUCUUCGAUAAUCUCAUCACUUCUAUGUUACCAGGCUCUUCAGAUGUCGACCACCCCGCCGGGCUUGUCCUCUCUCUAUCCGACUACCUCCUCAUCGCUCACGCCGCCUUCACAAUCUCACGCUUCAAUGCAGCUCACCUCGCCUGGCUGUCAGUCAAAUAUCCACAGAACCGACUUAUACCAUCUCCUCGUACUCAGCUCACCCUCUUCUCUGCCCUAUCCGUUAUUUUUGCAAUCAUAUGCGUCGUGUUGCGGCCAACGAACUCGGACCUCGUCGCCAUCCCCGCCAUCCUGUUCUUCUUCGCCGAAGGACCCAUAUGGCCUCUGAUCUUUGCGAUGGGGCUUCGAGGUCAAGGUAACCGUACGAAACGCGCGUCAGCGUGGUUAACCAUGGGUGCGAGCGGACCAGCAUUCUGGCCGUUUGUCAUGUAUGGUAUUAUGAACGACAACGGUGCAUCCAUACAGCUCGCUUUCAUAGUGAUUGUCAUUUUGCUACUAUUCACGCUCGCGUACCCUGUCUUCCUGACAGUAUUAAAAGACGCAAGGGACCUAGUGAACCCAACUUACCGAGGCCGUUCCGCUGGCGCGGGCGGUGGGAUGGGAGGCGGAGAGAACCCGGAGAACGGUGGGAGCACCAGGGACACCAGUACCAACAUGGAUGACUUCCUCCGGCAGAGGAGGAUGAGCAAUGCCACGACCAACUCGACCUCCAAAGAAGGCGGUCCGCUUGCCUUUGUCAUGGACAAGAUAAACACAUUCAACGAGAAACGACGAGAGAAGAGGAGGCAGGGCUCGUCGACAACGACGAGUUCCUCGCCAAUGUUUGAACAUAUGGAGUUAAGGCGGGAGAGCGAUGGGGACCGGUCUGGGAACGGUCAGGGACAGCAGAGGGGAAACAGGACACCAACGAUACCCGAGGAGCGAUGA